GCUCGGGUGAGGGCCGCGGUGGCUCGGCCGGGGUCCACUCGCGCGUAAGACUCCCUGGCAGCCCUCGCCGUGGAAGGAGGACGCGCCUUCAGUCAGCCGGCCAGCCAGCCAGGAGAAGCAGAGAUGGAUGUUCCCAAGGAGAAUGACAUUCUUCUCUUAGCUGAUGAAAAAUUUGACUUCGAUCUUUCAUUGUCCUCUUCAAGUGCAAAUGAAGAUGAUGAAGUCUUCUUUGGACCCGUUGGGCAUAAAGAAAGAUGCGUUGCUGCCAGCUUGGAAUUAAAUCAUCACAUUCCCGAAGAGCGUCUUUUGCCAGCCUCGGAAAGUCACUUCACCUGGAGUCCUCUCCCUGGGGAAAAAUUCGUGGAAGUGUAUAAAGAAGCUCACUUAUUGGCCUUUCAGAUAGAAAGCAAGAGCAAAAACAAGGCCGCCCAAGAUGUCACAGCUGAAGACCUUUGGAGCCAGGGCGUGGAAAGAUUUAUACAGGAAUCAAAAUUAAAAAUAAGCCUAUUUGAGAAAGAAAAGGAAAUGAAAAAAAGCCCCAAGUCACUUAAGAGGGAGACCUAUUACCUGUCAGACAGCCCCUUGAGGGACCCGCCACUUCAGGGAACCCAGACACCCUCGGGCCUGGUCCUGCCAAGCGCUCCCGCCCAGACACAGGGGUGGCCACACUCACCCCACUCUUCUUUGCCAGUGGAACCAAGUACUGCUCACCCUCCAAAACAGACAGGGACUCAGAAAAAGGUCAUCAGCAAAUUGGUGCGGCCCCGAGCUUUUUCUGUGAAAGGGAAAAACAUUCAUGUGGCCACGGAGCAGCCUAGGAAAAGGAUACCAACCAGUCCUUCCAAUAUGAAAAUCCUCAGGGAAAAGGAAUCCCACAGGGAUGUGCCCCCUGACAAAUCCAGUGCCGCCCGGGAGCUCGCUAGCUUGCCAGCUGGUGGAAGCCACUUGGUCCAAGGCAAGCGAUCGCUCCCUGUUGCAAACAAGUUGGGGCUGAAGAAAACCCUGUUGAAACCCCCUGGUUGUGCUGGAGGUCUUUCAAGGAAGUUCUCUUCCUCUGGGUCCGUUUCGGCUGUGAUUUCCAGUGCGUGUGCUUCUCCAGCAGCCGGCAGAGCUAGAUCCAGUGAACCUGCAAGUGUUCCCGCGGGCAGUUCCCUGCCUCCGCAGGCAGGUCCUUCGGGUGCCCCCUGCAAGCAGAGCAAGUGGGCCGCGGUGGCUGAGGUGAAGGCGGAGGCUGCCAAGGCGCCCACCCCAGGAGCUCUCGUCCAAGCCCGGACACCGGAACAGGGAGGCCCGGGGCCGAGCUCCGGCUCCACCUGGUCCCAGCCCUCUCAGUUGAAUACAGCUGGGAGUAUGAGAAGGCGUGACUCCUACCUACUCUGCAGGACACAGGCUGUGCCCACCCCUACAAGUCAAUUUAAGAUCCCCAAAUUUGCUACUGGUGAGCCCCCGGACAGCGCGACGCCGAUGUCCUGCCGGGCCCAGAGACCGCAGUCCUGCACGUCGGUGGGGAGGGUUGUUGUCCAGAGCACUCCUGCUAGACGCUCAUCGGUGGCAGCCCCGCAGAGCCUUGUAAGCAGUACAAGGACCCCCACGAGUACGAAGCACGUGUCAGCCCUGCCCACACCUGCCAGCCGUCGGCUCUCCGGCCUUCCAUCCAUGACCCCUAAAACCGUGCCCAGAGCUCUGGCUUCGCCUCUGUGUGCGCCUGCUCGGCGGCUUUCUUCUGAGCCGCAGAAAAAGUCUUCAGUGAGAGCUGCACCAACGAGGGACACCGACAGCAAGGCUACCUCUAGGCGCAAGGACUCGUCUCCCGAUGGGUCCCUUUCCCCUCCGUCAGCUGUACCACAGGCACUUAACUUUUCUCCAGGAAAGACUGGCUUGACUCUUUCAGAAAGUAUCAGCACGGAAGUCGUGCUGGAUGCAGCCCAGCCACCUGGAGACACACCCACUGGUGAGGCUAUUCUCGUGGAUAUCAAACUGGACCAACUGGCCAUCACUCCAAAAGCUGAAAGCACAGCCCUCAUCGACAUCCCUCUCAUUGACUUUUGCAAUAGUCCAGAAGCACACGUGGCUCUGGGAUCUGAGAGUAGACCUCUGAUCGACCUGCUGAUAAACACUCCAGACAUGAUCAGAAACACUGCGUCCAAGCCUCCCCAGGAGGUGGGACAGCUGAUAGACUUGGCUUCUCCUCUGAUCCAGCUGAGUCCCGAGGCUGACAAGGAAAACAUGGAUUCUCCACUUCUCAAGUUCUGAGAAUACAGUCCUUUGUGUUUCACUCUUUCUAAAAGAACUGUCAGUCCUAAGGUGGUUUUCAACCCUUAGAAAUAAAUCUAGGAGAAGUCGUUUUGGGGGAAAAAACCAACCCUCAGUGAAGGGCCCAUGCCUGGAGGAGGGGGUGCUGCAGGACUGGGGGGUGUUUUGGGCUCCCGAGGCCACUGCUGCCCGUCAGCUCCCCUCUGUGCUGCCCUGAGCACCGGGCUGGAGCAUGGAGUUCAGUUGCUCCAGGUGAAGAAUUUUGAAUCUUUUGUAUGUAAAAUAGCAAGCGACUAUUUUUAAAAUUAAGUUUGUAUGAAACGUUAAGUAUUCUAGAUUUAAAUUAAAUUGUAAAAUAAAUGAAAAUGUAUUAAAACACA